GUGGGGCCGCUGCUGGUGCCGUAUUACCGACAGGUCCUGCCGAUACUGAACAUGUUCAAGAACAAGCGUCGUUACCUUGGAGAUGAUGUAGAUUUCCGACAGCAGCGUUCACAGGACCUUGCGCUGGAGCUGCUGGAACGAACAGGGGGUGAGGACGCAUUUAUUAACAUCAAGUACAUGGUCCCAACAUACGAAAGCGCGCUGAGCUGA